AUGCCCGCCGCCAAACAAAAUAUCGAGAGGCCAUGGCGCAUUUUGCUCGUCGGCAGUGGCGGCGUUGGGACCAUGGCAUCUUACGCACUCGAGAUUGGGGGCAAAGCUGAGGUGACUUCGGUGCUACGAUCCACGUACGACAUUGUCACGAAGCAAGGCUUCUCCAUCGAUUCUGUCGAUCAUGGGAGAGAUAUUCAAGGCUUCCGACCAUCACACAUCACUAAGACGGUCCCUGACAUGACCACAAGCGACUCGAAACCAUUCGACUACAUAAUUGUCGCGACAAAGAACAUCCCAGACAUCCCUCCAACAGUCAGCGACCUCAUCGCGCCCGCUGUGACGCCAGGAGUCACAUCAAUUGUGCUCUUACAAAAUGGAUUGAACAUUGAGCUUCCUCUGGUCGAGCGAUUCCCUACGAAUGUUAUCCUCUCCGGUGUCUCACUGAUUGGAGCAGCCGAAAUCAAUGGAUCCAUUAAGCACGAUGAACCUGACUUCACAAGGCUAGGAGUCUUCCCAAAUCAGACUGUCGAUCUCGAAAUAGCCAAAGCCUCGGCGCUGCACCUAAUCGAUGCAUACAAUGCAGGUGGUAAGGUUGAAUGGAUCUUUGAUGAGGAUGUAUCUUUUUCGCGAUGGCGAAAGCUCCUGUACAACGCUUCCUACAAUGUCGUGGCAGCGCUCACAGGCAUUGACGUUAUUCGUAUGAGGAUGUCCCAGUUCAUGAUUGAUGAUCUGAUCUAUCCUCUGAUUCGCGAGAUUCGGGCAAUCGCGAUGGCGGCUGGUGUGGUCCUUCCGAAAGAUCUGGAGCUUUUCUUUAUCAAGUGCGACACCCAUGAGGGCUUCUUCAUGCCGAGCAUGGGCCAGGACUGUCGCAAGGGAAACGCCAUGGAAAUUGACACCAUCGUGGGAGCGCCGCUAAGAGAAGCUGAUCGGCUUGGCGUGCCUGCCCCAACGCUGCGCACAUGCUAUAACCUGUUGCGUUCCUUGCAGUUAAAGGUCAAAGAGAACAAAGGCCUAUGGACAGCUCGCUUCGAAGCAAAGAACCCGUACGCGUAG